UUUCGCCAACAUACGUAAGAAAUUAUGUUUAUCAGGUUGUGCUGAGUUGGUGGAAUGUUCUUGGUAAAUGUGAGAGCUAGAAGAAUGUUGCUGUGAUGCCUAAAUAUUUUCUUCCUUGAUGUUGGUAAAGGUCUCUCCAACCACGUAGUAGUAAUAGUAGUAGUAGUAGUACAAUAGUAGUAGUAGUAUAGUAGUGGUAGUACUGUAAUAGUAGAAGUAAUAUGUUGGUGUUAUUAAUGGUAUGGUUAGUUAGGUUUAUGUGCACGUAAAUGACUUAAAUAAGACAAUUGUAAAAAACUGCAAAUAUGUGUACUGAACCUGAAUAAAAGCUAACGUAGUUAUUUCAGGAUGACGGAAGAUGGGCGGCCGUUAGAUGGGCGGCGAUCGACAGGUGGGCGGCGGGUGUCAAGUGGGAGUCAGUGGCAGUGCCACCUGGCUACACCUGGGGAGCGUCUGGCAUACCUGAGGCACUCUGGACACCUGUCUGACCUGACUAUCACCUUCCCGGGCCACCAUGACAUCAUACAG